GGUUCAAAAGUCCCCUCCCGCCUGACGUUUACCGCCCAGCCUGCUGCCCUUCUUCCCUGCCGAAGGAGGGCCUUCCUGGGCGGUCGGGUGGGCGGGAGGGAGGUUACCUUUCCCUGCCUCUCUGCGGCCGCCGGAGCUUGGAGGAAGCAGCAGUGCGGUCUGCUGCCGGCGGCAUGGCUGGAGCUCCGGACGUGGGCGGGCCUGGCCCUGCGGCAGGGGAGCAGCUGCAGCAGCAACACGUCUCUUGCCAGGUCUUCCCUAAGCGUCUGGCCCAGGGGAAUCCCCAGCAAGGGUUCCUCUCCAGCUUCUUCACCAGCAACCAGAAGUGCCAGCUUAGGCUCCUGAGGACGCUGGAAACAAGUAGGAGCCAUGACCUGGAGAGUGGUGUUCGGCAGUGUGGAUCCAUAUGUCAAACUUCUGCUUGAUGCUAUGAAACACUCAGGUUGUGCUGUUAACAAAGAUAGACACUUUUCUUGUGAAGACUGUAAUGGGAAUGUCAGUGGAGGUUUUGAUGCUUCAACAUCUCAGAUAGUUUUGUGCCAGAAUAAUAUCCGUAAUCAGGCCCAUAUGAACAGAGUGGUCACCCACGAGCUCAUUCAUGCAUUUGAUCAUUGUCGUGCCCAUGUCGACUGGUUCACCAACCUCAGACACUUGGCGUGCUCAGAGGUUCGAGCUGCUAACCUUAGUGGAGACUGCUCACUUGUAAAUGAAAUAUUCAGGUUCCAUUUUGGAUUAAAACAACACCACCAGACUUGUGUGCGAGACAGAGCUACUCUUUCUAUCCUGGCUGUUAGGAAUAUCAGCAAAGAAGUAGCUAAAAAUGCUGUUGAUGAAGUUUUUGAAUCUUGUUUCAAUGACUAUGAACCUUUUGGAAGGAUCCCACAUAACAAGACUUAUGCAAGAUAUGCUCAUAGAGACUUUCAAAACCGUGAUCGGUAUUAUUCAAAUAUAUGAGCACAAUGACAUUUUAUAAAUACAGAACUUACAUCAUCAUGAAGAAAAAUAAAUUUGGUUCUCAAGUGAACAAGCAUAAAAUAUAAACAAUUCAUUCAAUCCAGAUAAAACAGAGAAGACUGUGAUUCUAGCAUAUCAUCAGAAAAAGUAACUAUGGCAAAAAGUGAAAUUGCUUUAAACUCCAAGGCAAAAAUUUUGUCUUUAUAGCUAACCAGUUAGUAAAUAAAUAAAUUACAUUUUUGUAUUUUAGUGAUUCGUUUUUAUUACAUGUGAUUAUUUUAAAAUUUGAUUAUGAAACCUGUGAAGUGUGCUCUUCCACGAUGUUGAUAGGUGACCACUGUUGGCGUUUACGUUAAAUGUAAAGAAAUGUAUACUGAUCUCAUUGUAGGACAGUUAUUGUUAUGAUGAAAGUUGGAAAUAAUUCAUUCAGUGUCAA